AAUACGUUGCUCUCCAAAUAAAAUCCCUAGAUUUUGUAACUAAUAUAACCUCGAAUUCGAAUAUGUUAUUUUGUUCAUAAUGUUAUAAUCGUGCUUUUUAUUUAUUGUGUAAAAGUGUUAAAAGUACAAUGAGAGUCACUCUUAAUUUAAGCAUGUUUUUUCAUGACCACCGGUCUUUGGCUAAAAUUUUCAUAAACAAAAACAUGAAAUUUAUAAAAGAUGUUGAAAAUCACAUAACAAACAUUUUCGGGAUUAGAAAUUUUUUUUUAAAGUGUGAAAACCAGUAUUUGCCACCGGUUGAAGACAUUCAAAUAUUGAACAAUGAUGAAGUGAUUUGGGCGCUUCCAUGUGAUAAAACCACAAUUGUUCCAUGUGCCAAUUCCACACUUAAUGUCACUAGAGAAGAAGAAAGACCAAAAGUAAAAAACAAGAAUUAUCAAGGUGAUGAAACAAUGGAAGUUGAAGAUAUCCCAGUGAUUCAUAAAAAGAAGAAAACGAAGAAGAAACACCGUGAAAUUGAAGAAGAGUUAGCUGAGCCUGAAACGAAAAAGAAAAAAAUUCGUGAUUCUGAAAAAAAUUGUCAUGAAAUCGAAACUGAGUCUGAAAACAAGAAGAAAAAAGGAAACGAAAAACAGCGAAAGAAACGUAAAGAAAACAUUGUUUCUGAAAGUACGGGAGAAUUAAACCAAGAAGAAAACGAUAAUAGUUUUACUAAAAAUGAAGAAAAAUGUAGUAGUGUUAAAUCACUUGUUGACAGUUUUGAAAAGAAAUCUGUUAAUUCCUGUACUAAGAAAAACCACCUCAUUAUAGAUAAUUCAACAGAAAAACGAGUAAAUAUUGUGAAAACAAUAAUAGUAUCAAAUGGAAACAUCGAUGUGUUCAAAGAUGAACAUUUACAUGACACAAAGGUGCAUAGUAAUAAUUUAAAUACAGAAAACAAUACAAGUGUAGACGAUAAUACUAGUGUUACAAGUAAUGUAGACACUUCAAGCCUUGAUAUGUGUCAACCCCGGAAAAGGAAACGAAUUCGUCGUCAUAAAAACAAGAAAAAUUUUGAUCUUCUCAAGAAACUAGAUCUUACCCCUUUUGUAAAAAUACCAGAGCCGACUUCUAUAGUCAACUUUAGGCCCCUCGAAGUAGCUCCAGUUCAUCUUAGGUUUGACGAAGAAGUUUCAAACAAAAACGAAAUAGAGAUGAGUACUGAAAAAGAAGAAAAAUGUGAUGUGAUUACAAAAGCAGGUCCUGAAAAAAAUGAAAUAGAAGUAAAUGAAGACUUCAUUUCUAGUCAUAUUAUAAAUUUAGAUGAGCCUUUUGACGAAGAAAAAAUAGUCAAGAGCAUAUUGCAAUUUCCUAUUUUUUCAGGAGAGGAACCUAGAAUUGGGGACGUGGUAGCGUUCAAGAUUCUUCGGAUUUCUGAAAAUUAUACACCUGAAGUAUCGUCCUGGAUAGUAGGCAAGGUUCUAAGCUAUAAAAACAAGGAGGUUAUAUUUGACAUUCUCUAUGGGCAAAAUCAAUGUUUAAACCCCAAAGGCAAGUUUUGUUUAGAACCCGAAGAACCACAGGAACAAAACAAUGAAUUCAAUUAUUUCUGGCAGAAUUUAUUUGAACCGAGGAUUAUAUUUCCUUGACAAAAACUUCAACUAAACAAAACGUAAUCAAUAUUUUCUAUUAAAUGAAGCGAUGAUAAAUUAUUUUCGAAUUCUCCGUUCGUAAGAUUCUAAAAUACAUUUGUUAAACCAAAUCAUUGUUUUUUAUAAUCACCUACAAUUUUUACACAAAUCACAAAGGGAGGUUCAGCGUCUUUAAAAUGUAAAAUAUCGACAGAUCUUCCACUUUUUCGAGUAUCACUAUUGAACGGUGUGUAAAUUUUACCAACUUUCUUUUUAUCAACAUCACACAAAGCCGUGACUUUUUUCUGCGACUCAACUGAUAAUGAAUUAUACAACUUGCGGCCUUGUUUUCCAGCGUUCCAAAUUGUGAAUUUCGGCCAGUUGUGUAGUACCA